GCUCGUUUUUUCUUUGUUGACGCACAGAAGGAGGGAAGAAGCUCUGAAGCCAAGGGCUCCUGCACAAACUUACUGACAACUGCUCGACCCUGGAGCUGUUGAACGCGAUGGCGACAAGCGCCGAGGAGUGUCCCAGCAAGGCUGUCCAGUACCGGGUGGAUCAUCUCCUCAGCGCCGUGGAGAGUGAGCUGCAAGUGGGCAGCGAGAAGGGAGACCCUACGGAGAGGGAACUUAAGGUGUCGCUGGAUGAGAACGACCUGUGGCAAAAGUUUAAGGAGCUCACAAACGAGAUGAUAGUUACAAAGAACGGCAGGCGCAUGUUUCCGGUUCUGAAAGUCAACGUGUCUGGUUUGGACCCCAACGCGAUGUAUUCUUUCUUGCUGGACUUCGCAUCAGCGGACAACCACAGGUGGAAGUAUGUGAAUGGGGAAUGGGUUCCCGGAGGCAAACCCGAGCCUCAGACUCCCAGCUGCGUGUACAUCCAUCCAGACUCUCCAAACUUCGGGGCGCACUGGAUGAAAGCGCCAGUCUCCUUCAGCAAAGUCAAACUCACAAACAAACUCAACGGCGGCGGUCAGAUCAUGUUGAACUCCUUGCAUAAGUACGAGCCACGCAUCCACAUCGUGCGGGUCGGAGGUCCUCGGAGGAUGAUCACCAGCCACUCAUUUCCGGAAACGCAGUUCAUCGCGGUGACAGCAUACCAGAACGAAGAGAUAACUGCUCUGAAAAUUAAGUAUAACCCGUUUGCCAAGGCCUUCCUCGAUGCAAAGGAGAGAAGUGACGGCAAAGACAUGAGGGACGAUGCUAAUGAAAACCACCAGUCUGGUUAUUCCCAAUUGGGCAGCUGGUUCGUGCCAGGCCCAGGCGCCCUCUGCCCCCCUGCCAGCCCUCAUGGGCAGUUUGGGAGUUCCCUCUCCCUCUCACCGUCCCAUAGCUGUGAGCGCUACUCCACCCUCCGGAGCCACCGUUCUGCUCCUUACACCAGCUCUUACGCUCAUCGGACCAGCUCUCCCACCGGUUACUCUGAUAAUUCGUCAACCUGUCUGUCAAUGCUCACCAGCCACGACAACUGGUCCGGUCUUCAGAUGCCAGCACACUCCAGCAUGGUGCCCAUGCCCCACAACUCUGCCUCUGGUGCAAAUUCUAGUCAGUACUCCGGCCUGUGGUCAGUGAGUAACUCCCCCCUGACCCCCGUGCCCCAGAACGGGGGGAUAAACAGCUGCCUCGGCUCCCAGUUCCUCAGAGGCUCCAGCAGCCACUACCCAGGUCUGUCCCACUCGGUCACAGCGCCCCCCUCUGGCUCUCCCAUGUACGACAGCAGCCCCGCCAUCGACGUGCACGACGCCGUUCAGUAUGAUGCCCCCCCCCACGGCCGCCUGCCUUCAGCCUGGACCCCAGUGACACCUCCCUCCCUUUGA